ACCACUUUCCACAAUGGAGGCCUUCUAGUAGAACUAGACAAUGAAACCCUGGUGACCUGGAUCAGGAAACCGAUCAACAGCAAAGCACUCACCAGCAAGUUAGGCCCAACAGUAUUGUUCCACAGUAGUGCAUUCCCAAUAGUUAUUGAAUACUUACCUAUCUGCAUACAGAUUGAAAACAAACAGUUCCUCAGAACAACCAAGAAAGAGAACAACCUCCCAGAAAACUCCCUCAUCAACAUCAAAUGGAUCAAACUGGUCAACAGACGCACCCAAGUUCAACAGAAAGCC